AAAACUUGAGUACCCUCUCUCAUUAGGGCUUGUUUGGCAUCCCAAAAAAAAUCACCAUAUCUCAUUAUAUACUCAAUCAAACAAAUCAAAACUCUCACACACAAAUUUUAUUUUUCAAAGAAAAAGAAAGAAAACAAUGGACGGAGAAAACUCAAACUAUCAUUACAGAGAAUGCCUUCGGAACCAUGCAGCCAGUCUCGGCAGUUACGCCACCGACGGCUGCGGUGAAUUCACUCUCGACGACUCUUCUUCUCCAGCCAACCUCCUCCACUGCGCGGCCUGUGGCUGCCACCGUAACUUCCACCGCAAAGUCACCUACAUCGCCGGAGGUGGCCGCUCCUCCGCCGCUACCGCCACCGACGACGACCUCAUGGAUUACGACCGCCACGCUGUCGUCGAGUACGCCGCUGCCGACACCGAGAGGAGCGGCGGCGGAAGUAAAAAACGGUUCCGUACGAAGUUCACGGCGGAUCAGAAAGAGAAGAUGUUGGCAUUUGCGGAGAAAUUAGGUUGGAAAUUGCAGAGGAAAGAUCUGGACGAUGAGAUCGAGAGGUUUUGCCGGAGCGUGGGAGUCACUCGCCAAGUUUUUAAGGUUUGGAUGCAUAAUCAUAAGAAUUCUUUUUCUUCUAAUUCUGCAUCCACUGGAAAUGCCUCUUCUCUAACACAGUAAUUAAAGAUUAAUUAAUUAUAAUUAAUUAAUCUUUAUGUUAAUGUGAUAAAUUAGAGUAUAAAAAAAAAAAUUAGAGGCCUAAUUUUUCUCUCUUCCUUUUCAGAUCCCUUUGUUAUUCUUUGCUCUAAGGGGUCUAGUCUAUAUAUCAAUAUAUUGCCUUUUUGUUGUAAUAUAUAAAACUAAUUUUCUUAUGAACAACAACAACAAAAAAAUGUAUGUUUUAAUUUCUCUUUUUU